CUCUCUCUCUCUCUCUCUCUCUCUCUCACAAGAAAGACACACUCUUUACUUUCUUUGUUUUGCCAUAGGAUGCCUUCUCAGGGAAGAAGAGGCAGUGCAUUGGUUGCCACCGCAGUGGCCCUGGUGUGCCUGUCGUCGGUGCUUAGUUUUGAGGUGGCUCAGGCAAGAACCUACACGGUUGGUGGUGCCAAGGGCUGGACUUUUGGUGUUAAAAGGUGGCCAGGAAGGAAGCAGCUCUUCAGGGCUGGUGACAUACUUGUGUUCAAUUACUUCGCAGAGCAACACAAUGUGAUGGUUGUGAACAGAGCUGGAUACCGCAGUUGUAACGCCCCGUCUAAUGCCACUUCUUAUUGGACCGGCAAUGACCACAUCACUCUUGUCAAGGGACACAACUUCUUCAUGUGCGGUUUCCCUGGGCAUUGUAGUGCUGGAAUGAGGAUUGCUGUUAAAGCGGCAAAGUAGUCGGGAGAGAGAGAGAGAGAGAGAGAGAGAGAGAGAGAGAGUUGUAGUAGAAAAUGAGCACAAUGUAGUGAAAUAAAACUUUUGUUAACUAGUAGAUCAUAUUCUAUGUUUGGCAUUCAAUUGUUACAGUAUGUUCUUUUGAAGAUGUAACUUGAACAAGUACUAAUGUUAUUGUGAUCGAUCA